AUGGACAUAGUGAUUCUACUGUGUUUAGCUGUGACAUUGUUGGCAUGGGGCUUACUGUGGGCUUUGGACUCCUUGGAAAUAAAGAGUCGGGAGCAGACAGGCAGGCUAAGAACCGAGAGCCAGACUCUCCUGGUCAUCGCGCACCCCGACGAUGAAGCCAUGUUCUUUGCUCCCACAUUGCUAGGGUUGGCCCGCCUGCGGCACCAGGUGUCCCUACUCUGCUUCUCCACAGGAAAUUACUACAAUCAAGGAGAGAUUCGUAAGAAAGAACUUGUGCAGAGCUGCGAAGUGUUGGGAAUUCCGUCCUCCAGUGUAACGAUUAUUGAUAACAGGGCUUUUCCAGAUGACCCAAGUGUGCAGUGGGACACAGAACACGUGGCCAGCGCCCUCCUCCAGCACAUGGAAGCUAAUGAUAUCAACCUGGUGGUGACUUUCGAUGCCAGGGGAGUAAGUGGUCAUAUCAAUCACAUUGCUCUUCAUGUGGCCGUGAGGACCCUGCACUCAGAGGGGAGAUUGCCUAAAGGGUGUUCUGUGCUCCUGCUUAAGACCGUGAAUGUGGUACGCAAGUACAUCUCCCUUCUGGAUCUGCCCUUUUCUUGGCUUCAGCCUCAGAAUGUCCUCUUCGUGCUCACCAGCAAAGAGGUGGCACAGGCUAAGAGAGCCAUGUCCUGCCACCACAGCCAACUCCUCUGGUUCCGCCACCUCUAUAUUUUCUUCUCUCGGUACAUGAGAAUCAAUUCACUACACUUUCUCUGA